GUCUCUCCUACCCUCUGGUUGUCGAGUCGUACGGUUUGUGGUCCUUCAACAGCAUGCAAAUGUACUCAAAACUACUGCAAGAUGAUCUUCUCUUUGGAGUGGUGUCUCUGUUAGCAGAGCUGUUGUUGACUUGCAUGGACGGCUCUCUCUCCAUCUUUGCCAAUUUAGUGCUGGAUGGUUUUGGACCGUUUGUCAUUGUUAUGUUUAGAUAGAGACUCUUUGUUCACUAAUUAUUAGUUAUAUUGUAGUGUUUCGUCCAUCGUGCGGUUAUAAACAUAUGUAAAAAUGUUCCAAACUAGGGAGUUAAGGAGUUUUCUUUCAGAUCUGGUUUGGGACACCAAGGUUUAGUUACAAUCUUGAGGCUUCGUGUAUUUGUUUUUUCACUUAUCUGACUCCUUUUUGAUAUUGGUUGCUCAGAGGGAGUUGGAUAAGUGGUGAUAUGUACUUCUUUAGACUUCUGCGUAGUACAGUUUCCAAAGAACUGUAUUCUGUAGAUGUAUUUAAAUAGAGAUUAUGUGGUGCUUACUUGGUAGUCACUAAAGUCUGUUGGGGUGCUGUUCAGAGCUGGCAAAAAUUUGGGAGAAUUAUAUGCCAUAAUAUAAUGAAUGCCCAGUUGAGGGUGAACACUCUGCUUGCUUUUUGGAAUGUGGUGAUGACAUAUAGUUGAAUAUGAUAUGUUGUAUACAGAUUAUAAUGCACGUGAAGAAGCUGGUGGUGCAAGCUACUGAGACUGCAAGUCAUUUCUGCCAUCAUCAAUCUUGCCUCAGGGUUGUCUCUUUCUACGUCGACAUCAUUACUCAAACUGCCAAAGACGUGGUGUUGACAGCCAAGGGCAUAGGAGGGGUUGCUGAUGCAGAGCCAAUUUCUAAGGAAGAGGCUGUCCACAGGCUUAUUGUUCAAGCUGAUGCACUAUGUGAUUGUGUGAGCAAGUGCAACAGGGUUGUGUACAUGGUUUUCAUUACUGGUUAUCUUGCUGCUACACUACCUACUUGGAGAGAUGAUGACCCACUGAGGAAUGACACACUUCUGAAUGGCUCGUUGUCAGUAUGCCGAGCAUUGAACUUUAGCGUCGUAUCAGCCACCAUUCUGUUGCUAGAAUUUGUGUGUGAGAGGAGGAAAGACAAGUUUGCAGACUCUGCAGGUUGCGUGAUAAGUAGCGCACAAAUAGCUGUAGAAACAGUUCAAAGCCUCAUUGAUAAUUCAUUUCUGAGUCAUCCUCUAAAACAACGUCUUGAUGAUGUACAAAAAUUAGUUGAUCAGUCAACCACUGAUCUUUUUCAAACUGUCAAAGUUGCGUCUGGUAUUUGGGCACCUCAAGGCAGCAAUGCAGACAUGCUGCUGGCAUCGUUUGGGGUGUUAAUGGCAACUGUUUACUACACAAUCGCAGCUCAGUGUUCAUCUGUGCUGCACAAUGCUUCUUUGACUGGCAGGGAUCUUUUGCGUCAUUCAUGGGUUGUAGCCAUGUUCAGAGAGAAAAGUACAGAUGAAGCUAUCGAGUUUGUGUCUAAGUCUCUUACUAUGGUCGACGAAGUCAUGUCAGACGAAGAAGCUCGUGUAGAAAAUGCAACUGUCGAUUGUGAAUUAAACGACACAAGUGGUUUUGGAUCAGCAGAGCAUUACACUGACAUAAUGGCAAUGACUGUUGCACAUCUUGGGAGAAACAAUGAAGACUCAAGAGACAGAAGGUCAAUAGAUGUACUUGUUGCAAGCAAUGCAAGCAUGCUUGAUGGAGAUGAACGAGACAAUGAAUUUCUGGAUGAAGCAGAUGAUGACACUAUUAAUGACAAACUAAAGAAGUCCAGAGGUUCAUUUUGCAAACAUGGACCUCAGGCAACAAGUCACCAUCCAUCUCAAGAAUUAAUUUUGAAAACAAACAGCAAGUCAGAAAUGACAGAAGACAUAACUGAAAGUAAAGAGCAAAGCUCAAGGGCAAGUCACAUGAAUUCAAAACCAGUUAGUGAAUAUAAGGAGAGCCAGGCAAGUGGCUCACUACGUAGCCAGAGAGCUGCUUUAUUUGAUCUUGUAGAUCAAACUGCCAGAUCAGUUGUUGAUGAAAGCAGGAAAGCAUCACAAUUUUCACCUUUAGCAAAUGAGCCAAAACUAAUCAAAGGAUCAGCUGACAGAGAACAACCAGAGAGAGAUAUAGUGAGAUGUAAAUCAGUUGAUAAUGUCGUAACUGGCAAUGAAGCCUUUCAACAGAAAGCUAUCGGUGCCAUUGAUCCUGUAAAACAACAAGUACUUGAAGCAGGUUAUAUCAAGACAAGAGGAAAUCAAACGCCAUCUCAAGUAGGACAGCAAGCGACGGACACCAGGUUUCUUUUUAAUUCUCUGACGCAAGAGAAGCAUGCUUCACAUAUUGAUCGACGACUAAAGAAGAGCCUUCUGGUUCACACUUCAAGGAUGUCACAGACACUAGCUGUGGAAAAUGUGGAUAGUGAAUAUGAAGGUGCUGAAAUGAUGAGGCAAAGCUGUAUUGUAAACAAGGCAAUCUGUAAAGUAAUGGAAGGUUUGCUGUUUUCUGUUACACAAAAGGCUUUAUCCUUGGAGUCUGCUUGUCAGAAUAAUUUUCAGCAUCAUUAUCAAAGCAUUAUAAGAUUAAUAUCUGAUGCUGCAAGACAAAUGACAGAAGAGGUCAGUGGGAUGGAAGUAGCAUUAGUUGCUAGUGAAGAUCGUGAACUAAGAGACAACAUUCAUCGCCAAACUACUCCAAUUUUGUUGGCCAUUAGAGAAGCAGAUGCUGCUGCAGCUAUGGCAUCAGGCAAAUGGGCUUCAACGACUUCUGUUUCUGAUUUGCUUUCUUCGGUUCAUCAUGUCAAGGGCCUGUGUUUUCAGAUGGUAUCUGCUGCUUUAAAGGCAACAGCAGCAUACAGUCAAAUGGUUGAAAGUUUGGCAACAACACACAGGAAAGGUUACGAGAGAUCUAAACAAACAGCACUUCAAUCUGUUUCUGCAAGAGCUACUCCAACUACUGCUUUUGUAUUACAUGAUGGUGGCCGUGGUUCACGAAGAAGCAAAACAUCUCCAGUGAGCAGGAUCCUAUUCGAAGAGAAGGACGAUGAUGGCUUAGUCUUUAUGGAUAAACCUGGAGUUAAAGAUGGAUAUGCAAGUCUACGUUGUGUCAAGGGCGAUACUCCAGUGGUGAAAGGUGGGACUUUCCCUCAUCUUAUUCAGAGACUCACAUAUCAUAAAAUUGUUGACACUGAUUAUACUGACUGUUUCUUGCUCACAUUUCAUUCUUUCACGACUCCACAUGAGUUGAUGGAUGCUCUGAUUGUUUGUUAUAACAUUGAUCCACCAGAAGGUCUUACAGUUGAAGAGGAGAAUCAGUUGUAUGCUGAAGUUGUUGUUCCAAUUCGACUUCGGGUUUGCAAUGUACUUCGAACAUGGGUCAGUAAGCAGUGUGAUGAUUUUCUUGAUAAAGAACUAGCAGAACGCUUAGAGAAAUUUAUUGUCAUCAUUAGUCGCUCACUUCCAAGUUGUGCGAAGCAACUUCGAAGUGCUAUUAAGCGUGGUCCUGAAUUUCCAAGAUCAAGAUUGUCUACAAAAGCUCAGAUGCCCAGGCGUGUUCCUUCUGAAGCUAUCAACUCAUUCAAUAUUCUUGGAGUUGACUCUCUGGAAUUGGCACGCCAGGUCACGAUCAUUGACUGGAAUAUAUUUGAGAAGAUCAGGCCGCAAGAGUGUAUGGGAUGCUUUUGGCAGUGUGCUAAACGUCAUCAGCUAGCUCCAAACAUAGCAACAUUGAUUGACAGUGCCAAUACGCUGUCGUUAUGGGUUAUUGGCACUAUUGUGAUUGCAAAUUCACCUGAACUGAGGGGUCAAUACAUUGCACACUUUAUCAAGACAGCAAAGAAAUGUUAUAAACUGAAGAAUUACAAUGCUAUGUUUACCAUCAUAGCUGCACUCAAAUCAGGACCUGUGUAUCGACUUGAAGCCUCCUGGGAGCAUGUCGCCAAAGCAACAAAAUCUACAUUUGGUCAGUUGUACCGAUUAAUGGAUGGUGAGGACAAUUAUGCUACAUACAGACAAGAACUCAACUUGAUUAUUCAGCAACCUGCUGUACCAUUCUUAGGAGCAUAUUUGAAUGAUCUUGCUCUCAUUGAAGAAAGUUUUUCUGACUUUCUACCUGGGCAACCACAGUUUAUCAAUUUUCACAAACGACGAUUAUAUGCUCGAACUAUACGGCAAAUACGCCAGCACCAGCAAGUUGCAUACAAUUUGACUGAAGUCACUACUGUUCUUGACUUCUUGAAGUGUCUGGAGCCACCUGUAAGUGAGAAGGACCUUUACCACUGCUCUGUUACUAAUGAACCAAAUCAGAAAUCUUGAAACUAUAUUUUCUAGUUAUUCUGAUUAUUAUAUUACUAUUUAUUUAUCGGUGGACGUUGUUUGAAUGGAAUUUUUGUAUAUUUUCUUUUCAUA